CAUGUUUUUCCUGGGAACGCGCUGAAUGGAGUCCAGCCUCCUGAGCUGUGGCGAACUCUCGCUUUGAUUUCAUCCCGAGAACCACCGAGAAAAAAAAAGAGAGAGAGAGAGACAGAGACAGAGACAGACAGUGACAGGGAAAGGAAGGGAGAGAAAGAGCAAGCUUUCUUACUCAGGGGGGAAAACGUUUUGAGCUUCAACAUGGCCUCGCUGUGAUAUCUGAUCACUGGAGAUUCCAUCGUUAGUGCUGAGGCAGUAUGGGAUCACGUCACCAUGGCCAACCGGGAGUUGGCAUUUAAAGCUGGCGACGUCAUCAAAGUCUUGGAUGCUUCCAACAAGGAUUGGUGGUGGGGCCAGAUCGACGAUGAGGAGGGAUGGUUUCCUGCCAGCUUUGUGAGGCUCUGGGUGAACCAGGAGGAUGGGGUAGAGGAAGGGCCCAGUGAUGUGCAGAAUGGGCACCUGGACCCCAACUCAGACUGCCUUUGUCUGGGCCGGCCACUACAGAACCGGGACCAGAUGCGAGCCAAUGUCAUCAAUGAGAUCAUGAGCACCGAACGUCAUUACAUCAAGCACCUCAAGGACAUUUGUGAGGGCUACCUGAAGCAAUGCCGGAAGAGAAGAGACAUGUUCAGCGAUGAGCAACUGAAGGUGAUCUUUGGGAAUAUUGAAGACAUCUACAGGUUUCAGAUGGGCUUCGUGAGAGACCUGGAGAAACAGUACAACAAUGAUGACCCCCACCUGAGUGAGAUAGGACCCUGCUUCCUGGAGCACCAAGAUGGAUUCUGGAUAUACUCUGAGUACUGUAACAACCACCUGGACGCCUGCAUGGAACUCUCCAAACUGAUGAAGGACAGCCGCUACCAGCACUUCUUUGAGGCUUGUCGCCUCUUGCAGCAGAUGAUCGACAUUGCUAUUGAUGGAUUCCUUUUGACUCCAGUGCAGAAGAUCUGCAAGUAUCCCUUACAACUGGCUGAGCUCCUCAAGUAUACCGCCCAGGACCAUAGUGACUACAGGUAUGUGGCAGCUGCUCUGGCUGUCAUGAGAAAUGUGACUCAGCAGAUCAAUGAGCGCAAGAGGCGUUUGGAGAAUAUCGACAAGAUUGCCCAGUGGCAGGCAUCUGUCCUAGACUGGGAGGGUGAGGACAUCCUAGACAGGAGCUCGGAGCUGAUCUACACUGGGGAGAUGGCCUGGAUCUACCAGCCCUAUGGCCGCAACCAGCAGCGGGUCUUCUUUCUGUUUGACCACCAGAUGGUCCUCUGCAAGAAGGACCUUAUCCGAAGAGACAUCCUGUACUACAAAGGCCGCAUUGACAUGGAUAAAUAUGAGGUAGUUGACAUUGAAGAUGGCAGAGAUGAUGACUUUAAUGUCAGCAUGAAAAAUGCCUUCAAGCUUCACAACAAGGAGACUGAGGAGAUACAUCUAUUCUUUGCCAAGAAGCUGGAGGAGAAGAUACGCUGGCUUAGGGCUUUCAGAGAAGAGAGAAAAAUGGUACAGGAAGAUGAAAAAAUUGGCUUUGAAAUUUCUGAAAACCAGAAGAGGCAAGCUGCAAUGACUGUGAGAAAAGUCCCUAAACAAAAAGGUGUCAACUCUGCCCGCUCAGUUCCUCCUUCCUACCCACCACCGCAGGACCCGUUAAACCAGGGCCAGUACCUGGUCCCCGACGGCAUCGCUCAGUCGCAGGUCUUUGAGUUCACCGAACCCAAGCGCAGCCAGUCACCAUUCUGGCAAAACUUCAGCAGGUUAACCCCCUUCAAAAAAUAAUACCUACAGGGAGGCAGAUAAUUUUAAAAUAAAGUAAAUAAAAUUAUAUUUAUAGAUGGACAUUUUUUUGGAGAA